AUGCAUAUAUUAGGUGUUGAUAUUCUUCAACAAUUUUAUUUUGUUUUAUAUAAUUUAUAUUAUAUAUCACCAUUUUGUAUAACUUAUUGGAGAUUUAUUUUAAUAUUUUUUAAUAGAUCUGUAUUAUUAUUUGAAAAUAUAAUUAUUGCUAUCAUUGCAUUAAUACCAAGUUUUGUAGCAUUUAUUAAUUGUGUAUUUUUUUCUAAUAUUAUAUAUUCAGAUGAUACUUUUGAAUAUAAACAUUAUUAUAGUAGUUCACUUUUUGUAUACAUGGAUUUAUUACCACAAGUAACAAGUUCUAUUUUUGCUUUAAUUCUUAACAUACUAAUUCUAAUUAAAGUUAAUAUAAUUAAUAAAAAAUCAAAAGAAUUUAUAUCAACUAAAAAAUCAGAAGUACCUCUUACAAUUAAUUUAAUGUUUCAUUCUAUUUGCCCACUUAUCUUAUUAAUUUGGAUAAAUAUGAUGGUUAUUUUUAGAGUUACACAUAAUUCAAAAGGAGAAAAAACUAUUUGGUUUUUUAUAUAUGCUCAAUUUGAUUUGAUAUAUCGUAUUCUAAGUCCAAUAACAAUGAUCAUCUUUAUUGAAGCAUACAGAAAUGGAAUUUUAAAAUGGUUUAAAUGUGGAAAUAAAAAAUUAUUUAUUAAAGUAUCUAGUUUUGUACCAAAAUAA